AUGUUCACGCCAAGCCGCCCGGAGGGCGUGGGUGUCCUUAGCUCAGGCCACGGCUGUGUCCCCCCCCCUUUCAUUUCCUGCCAGAUGUUGUGUAUACACGCAGCCCGUGUGCCACGAUUUCGAGCCUGUAAGCUGAUCCCCUGCCUUUGGGGGUGUCUGGGGGGCGGGCAGCCGAGCGGAAAACACGGGAAGACGGGAGCAGAGCUAGCUGUGAUCCAGGUCAGCUCCGGCCAGACAAGUCAGGGGCUGCGGGCUGGGAGGCGACAGGCAGCACACGGCACCAUGGAGGCAUCCUGGCUGGUCUAUUUCCCGCUGCUCCUCUUCCUUCUGGCGUGGGUGCCCAUGACCGAUGGCCAAGCCAUCAAUGCUCAAGCUCAGCAGAAGGUGUGUGCGGACGAAUCCUUUCCCCUUGACUGUGAGGAUGUCUACGACCAGGGAUCGGAGACGGACGGCGUCUAUCUGAUCUACCCGUCUGGCCCCAACAUCCCCGUGCCGGUCUACUGCGACAUGACCACGGACGACGGGAAGUGGACGGUGUUCCAGAAGCGCUUCAACGGCUCGGUCAGCUUCUUCAGGGGCUGGAACGACUAUCGAUUCGGGUUCGGCAGGGCCGACAGCGAGUACUGGCUGGGCCUGCAGAACAUCCACCUGCUGACCCUGAAGCGGAAGUAUGAGCUGCGGGUGGACCUGGAGGACUUCGAGAACAACACAGCCUGGGCCCAGUACACGGAUUUCUCCCUGUCGCCCCAAGCCAUCAGCGCCGAGGAGGACGGCUACACCCUGCACGUGGGGGGCUUCACCGAUGGAGGGGCAGGCGACUCCUUGUCCUAUCACACCGGGCAGAAGUUCUCCACCUUCGACCGCGACCAAGACCUGUACGUGCAGAACUGCGCCGCCCUCUCCUCCGGCGCCUGGUGGUUCAAGAGCUGCCACUUCUCCAACCUCAACGGCUUCUACCUGGGCGGGGCCCACCUCUCCUACGCCAACGGCCUCAACUGGGCCCAGUGGAAAGGCUUCUACUACUCGCUCCGCAAAAGCGAGAUGAAGAUCCGGCGCAUCUGA